GCCCGUCCCCCACCCCGCCCCGCCCAUAUACCUGGGAAAGUUCCCACGCUGAACCUGAGUUCUUUCUAUUUCCAAGUGCCGGCCAUGGGGCCAGAGGUUUGCGUCCCCGGGCCCCUGCUGCUGCUGCUCGUCGCCUUGUGUGUCUGUGCCCGAGGCCUUGGUCCAGAGCCUGACCAGCCCUUCCUGCCGCCGCCAGGGUGGGUGUCCCUUGGCCGUGUGAGUCCUAAUGAAUCACUGAGCCUGACUUUCGCUCUGAGGCAGCAGAACCUGCAGCAAUUGCAGAAGCUGGUGCAGGAUGUGUCCGACCCUGGCUCCCCCAGUUACGGGAAGUACCUCUCUCUGGCAGAUGUAGCUACCCUGGUGAGGCCAUCAGCACUCACUCUUAGCACUGUACACAAAUGGCUGCUAGCAGCGGGAGCCCAGGAUUGCCAGACAGUGAUCACAGAGGACUUCCUGACCUGCCAGAUGACCGUCCAGCAAGCAGAGCAGCUCCUUUCUGGGGCAGAGUUCCAUCGCUUUGUUGGGAGACUGGGGGGAGGCCGUGUUGUGAGGUCCCCACGCCCAUACAGCCUCCCUGGGGUCCUGGCUGCCCAUGUGGAUUUUGUGGGUGGACUGCACCGAUUCCCUCGAGCAUCUUCCCUACAGCAACGGCCAGGACCACGGCUGGAGCUGGAGGACUCCCUAGGUGUGCACUUGGGGGUGACUCCAGCUGUGAUUCGUGAGAGAUACAACUUGACUGCACAAGAUGUAGGCUCUGGGUCUCCCAACAAUAGCCAGGCUUGUGCCCAGUUCCUGGAGCAGUACUUCCAUAAUGCUGAUCUUGAAGAGUUCAUGAAACUCUUUGGAAAGAGCUUCCCUCACAAAGAUUCUGUCAGUCGAGUGGUUGGGCAGCAGGGGCAUGGCCGAGCUGGUCUGGAAGCCAGUCUAGAUGUGCAGUACCUCAUGAGUGCUGGAGCCAACAUCUCCACCUGGGUCUACAGCAGCCCCGGCCGACAUGAGACCCAGGAGCCUUUCUUGCAGUGGCUCCUCCUGCUCAGUAACGAGUCUUCAUUACCUUUGGUACACACUGUGAGCUAUGGGGAUGAUGAAGACUCACUCAGUACCGCCUACCUUCACCGUGUCAACACUGAGCUCAUGAAGGCUGCUGCCCGAGGCCUCACUCUGCUCUUUGCCUCCGGGGACAGUGGUGCCGGCUGUUUCUCAGGCCCAAAGGGCCACUUGUUCCGUCCCAGCUUCCCAGCCUCCAGCCCCUAUGUUACCACAGUGGGUGGGACCUCCUUCCGGAAUCCCUUCCUGGUUACAGAAGAGAUUGUGGACUACAUCAGUGGUGGUGGCUUCAGUAACAUCUUCCCAAGGCCUCAGUACCAGGAUGAAGCCGUGUCCCACUUUUUGGGCUCUUCCACCCAACUGCCUCCGUCCCAAUACUUCAAUGCAAGCGGCCGGGCCUAUCCUGAUGUGGCCGCACUCUCGGAUGGCUAUUGGGUAGUUAGCAACCGUGUAGCCAUCCCCUGGGUGUCUGGCACUUCGGCAUCCACCCCUGUGUUUGGGGGCCUCCUGUCCUUAGUGAAUGAGCAGCGACUCCUGAAAGGCCGUCCUCCUCUUGGCUUCCUCAACCCUCGACUCUACUCACUGCAGGGCCGUGGCCUGUUUGACGUGACUAAAGGCUGCCAUGAGGCUUGCCUGGAUGAAGAGGUACAGGGUCAAGGGUUCUGCUCCAAGCCUGGCUGGGACCCAGUCACAGGUUGGGGAACCCCCAACUAUCCUGCCCUGUUGAAAGCACUGCUAGACCCUUGAGACUUGAUCUUAACCCUAUUCUGGAAGGAUGCCACCCUGACCCUACCCUGCUGCUGGUCCUGCUAUUUGAUCCUCCCCUCACAGACAAUCUCUCUUUCUUGCUGUGGCCACUAAGUCAACUCCUGCAACAACUAAUCUUAUAACUUCCCUAGGCACUGAUCAACAUCACUACCCCUUACCAAUAUUUGUAGGGCUUAAUUCUUCCUAUUUCUUCAAUUUUCCCUGCCAGGCUAUUGCAGCCAAACAUGCCCCAGGCAGUCAGAGCCAGUAUAGAUGUCCUCAUCUCUUCAUGAGUGUUCCCUUUCCCACAGAUACACUUCCACACUGCCCACUGCUGUUUGUAUUUGCACGAAAAUAAAGCCCAUGCUCUUG